AGCCAUCACCAGUUUGUUGGUAGCCAAUCGGAAGCGAGGUUUCACCUGCCUGUGGGUAUAUGGUGGAAGUGAGGCUGCUCAUCUCUUCAGACGGAAAUACAGUGCAGUUAUUCAUGAUGCAGUUCAUGCUUCUGUUCAGUCGUCAAGGCAAGCUCCGGCUGCAGAAAUGGUACGUGCCUCUGUCUGACAAAGAGAAAAAGAAGAUCACCAGAGAGCUGGUGCAGACCGUCCUGGCCCGGAAGCCUAAAAUGUGCAGCUUUCUGGAGUGGAGAGACCUAAAGAUUGUUUAUAAGAGAUAUGCCAGCCUGUAUUUCUGCUGUGCCAUAGAGGACCAGGACAAUGAGCUCAUCACACUGGAAAUCAUCCACAGAUACGUGGAGCUGCUGGAUAAAUACUUUGGCAGUGUUUGUGAGCUUGACAUUAUUUUCAACUUUGAGAAGGCCUACUUCAUUCUGGAUGAGUUCUUGCUGGGCGGUGAGGCUCAGGAAACGUCCAAGAAGAACGUCCUGAAGGCCAUCGAGCAGGCGGACCUACUGCAGGAGAAUAUAGACUUUCAGAUGCGUCUGUUUGCAGGACGCCAAAGAUGCAGAGACCCCUCGCAGCGUGCUGGAGGAAAUUGGACUCACAUAAACACUUUCUCCAUCAUCAUCAUCAUCCUCAUCAUCACGCUUUGACCUCAGAUCCCUGUCCUGUUCUGGCUACUGUUCUUCAUAGACCUGAUAACUGAUUCACCCUCCAGCUAACGCAAUCACACAUUCUGACUGUGAAGUCAUAUCUAGCAGUUACUGCUUUCUUUUUGUUUUUUUUUCUUUCUUUCUCAGUUCUUUCAGUGCGCAGUGUAUUCAUAUACGGGGGGGGAAAACUGCAAUUUAUUAUGCUUUUUAUGUUUUGUUCUUAAAUAAGGGAAUAUAUUGUGUCAUGUUAUAUAAAGGGAAGUCUAAAGUAUUGCAUUAGAACCAAAGAGUAAGAGCUCAUCAUUGGGAGGUUGUCAAUAGCCGAUAAGUUUUAAACUGAAGAUUUGUGUGAAUUAAAACACACUCACUGUGAUCACCCAACAACGCGUCACUGUUCAGUCCGGAAUAAAUGCUGUAAUAACUUUGUUUACAAGCUCAUGCCGUUCUGAUCUGUCAAAUUUUGGCUUUACAAAAAUGGUAGAUUUACAGUCGAAUGCCUUAAACCACUGACUAGUAUUUAUGUGAGGUUUUUUUUAUGGCAACAAUGUAGCAGGUAAACGCGCUGGGUUGGUUUUACUGCACGUAAAAGUGCAAGAAUCAAGCCGACUGUUUUUCAUUUCCAUGUUUACAAUUGUUUCAACUAAAAGUCAGAGACAUGCAGCAACUGUUAACGCCGCCUGAAACAAGAACUAUCCAUCCAUCCCUGGUUCAUACUCACUUGUUCCUGUAGAGGGCUGGUGUCUAACUUUAGACCCCCACAUUAAUUUAGACAUAAUUUCCUACCUCACAGCUAAUAAAAAUAUCUGGAACUAAAUGUGGCAGCCAGUUGCCAAUGAUGCUCUAAUGUGGUUUUGUAAGACGGAUCAGGAUGCCGUCAAAAAGUGAACUGAUCCAAGUAACUUAAUUCAAAAGUGAAACUUGUGUUUUAUGUAGAUUCUAUAGACACUUAACGAUGUUUAGUUUGAUAGUGACAACUAAAAGCUAGCAGAAACUCCAAACUCAUGCAAAUCUUAAACAUUAUCUCAAAUUAAAGUUAAUGGAAAGUUGAUUAAGAAAAAAAUGUGGUAGAAAAAGGCAAACAAGCACCUGAGUGAAUCCCCCCCCCCUUCUUCAAAUUAAAUGUUUGUGCAGAAACAAAUUUUAAUAAUCAAAGUUCAUAAAGAUGCGGAUGACUGAGUUUGUUGAGGGAAAGCUCGACUGGUCUGCUCAGAGCCACAACCUCAAUCUGGAAGGACAUUUUUCUGAUUCAUCAGAACAGAGUCUGCAAGUUUUGCCCAACAUCAGUGUCCGACCUCACAAAUAAGACCAUUGGGGAAAUAGUGAAUUCCUCCUAAACUCAAAGCUUUCCUACAAAUAUUUGAAGCUGGUACUGCUUCUACCAUAUCUGAUGCCAAACGAAUCAAUACUUUUGGCGGUAUAUUGAAAUAUUUUUCACUUUUGAACUGAACUACUAAAAUUAAUUAUCAUUUCAGAUAUUCCUGUUUGCUAAGUUGCACCUGUAAGCAGUAGAGUCCAAGAAAGCUGAAUUGUGUACUGCCCAUACUUUCUAAAUGAAGAGAAAUCUCACCGUAGGACUAAACGAUGACACACUGUGGAAACUUCCUACUGACUGUGAUCAUAAAAAUAAUUUUUAAAAAAACCUUACGUGGUGAAACUUUGUUUAUAAGAAGCAAUAGAAACAUAAACCUUCAGAGUUUUUAUGCAUUGAAACUGUCAUUUUUAAACAUUUGAUCCGAAAAGUAAAAGCUUGACACAUAAAAUGCCUUGGACGCAGGACUGUACAAAUUCCUUGUUAUAAAUGUGCAUUCUUGUGUAUGUCCUAUUUUGAUUUAUAUGCUGAUAAAAUCCAAAUUGUGCUGUUUACAUCUUUUCUAUGCCUCCUGAUGAGCGGUUUCUUGUCUAAAGAGUUUGUGUGACAUAGAAUCUGUGGCACUUUGUGUUGUUUACAGUGAAAUAAAAGCCGUUCAUUACCAGA